AUGAUUGAUCACCAUUUUGAUAAAAGAUAUGGGGUCCACCCAGUCGACAUCCAGAGGUCGCUUUAUAUUGGCAUCAAAAACAAGCCACUUACAGCGGAACAAAUCAGAAAAAAUCAAAUCAAAAAACGCAAUAUACAAUUGCAGGAGAAUUACAACAACGAAUGCCGGGAUCUUAUCCAGACCCUUGAUGACAAGACUUUCGUUACAGAUAGCCUGGCGCUCAUGAUAUCACACCUGUCAGGCGAGGUCUUUCAUAUCUCAUAUCGCGGCGCUGGGUGUGAAGAAGAGAACGAGAAUGUUCCAUUGCCGGAAAGAAGAGCAAACCUCAGAGCCAGACUUGCCGAUGCUCGCUCAACUCUACCGACGGAUAUAACAACACUCAAUUCUAUUGGUAGAAUCCUUUUGAGCCAAAGCUCAAAGGUUUCGAAUUGGCCCGAAUUGGCCACCCCAGACACCUUUUAUCGAGCUAUUCGGUCUGAUAGCUAUACUCGAUUCGACAAACAACUUGGUUUUCGUUCUUCGAGGCAGCCGCUUACAUUGCCUUCCAAUCAUGGCGGCCCUCUAUACGAAAGCUCAUUGAUUGAUAAAGACAGCUUAGUAAACCAGUGUGAGGGCGACCAAUCUUCUGAUCUAAUAGCGAUGUCUGAUAGUCCGGCAAGAAUAUUGCGCUUAAUUAAAUCCUGGGAUUUCAGCGACUUAAGAGGACAGAUGAUAGCUGUGAUUAAUGUCCAGAAGCUUCUGGCCAUGAAAGUCCUGUUUAAUCGCACAACUACCUUGGCUGAAAGAUUAGGCAUGAAGACCUGGACACCCUCUCAACCAAGAGGGAUUCGCUGGGCCAAUCCAAACUAUUGGGUUGCUUAUCGGUGGGUUCCGGCUGAGUGCAUCCAAUCUUAUAUUUCAGUAGCAUCAUUGCGGGAUGCUUGCAUCAAAUAUGAAAUUGGUAAGUUAUUCGCAACAUCAGAUAAUGAAAUGCUUACCAUAAAGGCCAAUUCGACUUUGAUCACCAACUUCCAGAAGCAUCCUUAUGCGAGAGAAUGGGGAAAUUGA